UAGUUCAUCAAGAGGAUGACGACGGGGUGGUAUGUGGCUUGGCUCAAUAAUUGCGUUGGAUUUGGCAAUCACCGAUAUUUCUUCCUAUACAUGGUGUAUACAACACUAGGAUCCCUUUUUAUUAUUAUUUUUGGCAUGGGUAUUGGGAUCAAUUCGCUAGUGCUGAGCGAUGGUGAGGGCUGGUUUGAGACUGAGCCACUUGAAGGGCAUCCAGUUCGUUUCAAUAUUUCCGGGCAUGCUUUACCAAUUACGGAAAUGAAUGAGUAUGGUGAAGAUGGAGUUAUGCCAGUGCAUCAUGAUCUUCCCGUUCCUCAUGAAUUGGGCAACAAUGCUGCUAAGCAUCGAGCCAUCCUUUUUAUGGCGAUAAUUAAUGUUGCAGUGGUUCUUGCACUUGGAUCUCUUAGUUUUUGGCAUUCAAGUCUCAUUGGCCGAGGAGAGACGAGUAUUGAGGCUUACAUCAAUAGGGCAGAGACAAAAAGACUUACGAAUCUUGGAAAAUCUUAUACAAAUCCCUACAAUUUUGGUAAGAAGAAAAAUUGGAGGCUUUUCCUGGGUCUUGUAAAAGGUAGAUCAUGGUGGAGACAUGUUCUCUUACCAUCAACUCACAAGCCUGAAGGUACUGGACUUACAUGGCACACCGUGUCCAGUGAGAGUCAAUUGCUGCAAUCUGAAGAUGAUUGGCCAUAGAAUCAAAAGAAAAAAAAAAUAUUAAUAAGACCUAAGUCAUUAUAAUUCGUGAUAUUCUUUUUAGCUACUUAUUUUAGUUAAUUCUCGUUCCUUAAAUAUCGUAAAGAUCGUAAAGAUGAUUGCAUUUUUUGUUUUAAUUUUAGAGGACGUCAAACUGUAUUUUUUCUCUGAUGAAAAUAUUGAAAAUGAGAAUAAAAACUGAUAAUUACCAAUUUA